UUGGAUGUAGAGGGCACUGUCCCAAGCUAGGUUUUUCAUGAUUCUGUUUUCAGAGCUAAUUCUUGGGACCUCUUAAUAUUUAUUCACUCCUCUCCUUGCCUGUGCCCUGGUCUAUGAGUGGCCACUAGAGCUCUUUUACCCUGGAACUGUGACCAGGAGGAUCCUUUCUCCCCUGUGAUAGUACACUCUAGUAAGCUAAUGUUCUUCCUCACGUUGGGACUUGGACCUGAGCCUAUGAUCUGAAUCCUUGGAUGAGCAGUGCAAUACAGUCCUGCACCCAAUCCCAACAUGAUAGCAUCAAUCUCCUUCUGACCAGUUGUCUGACCCCCUUACAGUUUCUGGACUGAGAGCUCCAUGAGUUACCAUUGCUGAUUCAUUUGCACUGUCACUCCACUCUCACUCCACCAUUUUCUUUCUGCCUCUUCUGGAUUUUAUAUAAAAGUUUAGCCAAUGUAAAUUAUUUGCUAGAGCAAAGAUCCCAGAAGUGUCUUUGGCUCAUUAACCAAACAGUGAGAGAGAGGGAGAGGAAGAGAGGGCUAUCCAAGUUAACACUGAGUUAGAAUACAAACUUAUUUAUAAAUUCUUUUAAAGAAGAAUGAUUAAACAUUUUGAGCAGUAUCAUCUUAUAAAGCAGAGAUAAGCAAUGGAAGACAAAAUUGGUUUAAAGAAAUUUUGGCAGAAUAUCCAAGUAAACAAAAUCAUCCCAAUGACAAAAGUAGAACAAGAAACAGAAGAAAAAUGGACAAUAUUUUAAAAAUUAAUUUUACAAAUUAUUUUCCUCAUCUAGGUGAGUAGAACUACCACAGUUGGAUUCUUAACACUAUAGGCCUGAAUGUACAUAUUAGGAGAAACAGAAAUAUCUCUACAGAGAAGAGAGAUGGGAUCAUCUGUCACUGCUACCUGGGGCACUUUGAAGUCAUCUUGAGAUGUGGUGGUUUCAGCAAGGACUCAGCUUUCUACCUUCAGCCCUUGUUAUUUGGACAGCUGCUGCUUUCAUCUUUUCCUACAUUACUGCAAUAACUCUUCACCAUGUGGACCCUGCAUUGCCCUAUAUCAGUGACACUGGAACAAUGGCUCCAGAAAAAUGCUUGUUUGGGGUAAUGUUAAAUAUCGCUGCAGUCUUAUGUAUUGCCACCAUAUAUGUUCGUUAUAAGCAAGUUCAUGCUCUCAGUCCCGAGGAGCCUCAGAUCAUCAAAUUAAACAAGGCUGGCCUUGCACUUGGAUUACUUAGUUGCUUAGGACUUUCUAUCGUGGCAAACUUCCAGAAAACAUCAAUCUUUGUUGCACACGUAUGUGGAGCUGUGCUUACCUUUGGCCUCGGUUCCUUUUAUAUGUUUGUUCAGACAAUCCUUUCCUACAAAAUGCAGCCAAAAAUUCACAGCAAACAAGUCUUCUGGAUCCGGCUGGUAGCGGUGAUUUGGUGUGGAAUAAGUGCAUUUAUCAUGAUGACUUGCUCCUCCCUUUUGUACAGUGGCCAUUUUGGCUCUGAUAUAGUCCAGAAGCUCCACUGGAACCCUGAAGACAAAGGCUAUGUACUUCAUAUGAUCACCACUGCAGCAGAAUGGUCCAUGUCUUUUUCUUUCUUUGGUUUUUUUCUGACUUAUAUUCGUGAUUUUCAGAAAAUUUCCUUACGGGUAGAAGCUAAUAUACAAGGAUUGACUCUUUAUGACACUUCUCCCUGCCUUAUUAACAGUGAAAGAACCCACCUGCUUUCAAAGGAUUCAUGACAAAAGGAGAAGAUAUAUCUGUGAUGAUUAUGAUUCUCAGGGAUUAGUAGAUUGUUCCUGAAAAAUAUUUAACUAUGCUUUCAAAUUUCUAACCAAUUAAUCAAGGCCAUCAGUGACACUGCUUAAUAAUGCUAUACAAAUGAUGUGUAGUAAGCCAUGUGAUGAGUGAUUUUAAAGAAUAUUAUCAAGAGAAGCAUUUUAAGCAUAUUCAUUUUUUUUAAUUUUGGAAAAUAAAACCAAAGGACUAUAAUAUUGCAAUUUUUCUUCUUAAACGGAAGCAACUGGAAGCACCUAGAACAUUCUUCAGAAACCAAUUUUUGGCAACUUAAAGAUCAUGACCCGUACAUGUUUUGUUUGGAACUCCAUGUAUCUGGUACAGGUGAGAGCCUUGAAUUCUAGGACCAAUAAUACUCAAAGAACCUUGUCCUAGAGUUUGGUCAGCAUCUCCUCUAGAACCAAAAAGUUAGAUGUUGUACCAACUUGGUACCAUGUUGUACCAAGUUAUGCUUCCUUUGCAUCAUAGACUAAUUAUUCAUGGCCUUAGGAAAGCCUGUAAUAUAAAGAUAAAUAAGCCAGAUUCUUUAAGCUUCUGAUAUCCAUUCCAACAGAGACUUUUUUCACUGUGUAACCAGCUUGGCUCCAGAUAAAAGACAACAGCUCCACAGGCUCAAAGUUCCCAGUAUCUAAACAUUGCAUGAAGAUGGGUACUGCCUUGAUUUUGCUAUGAAAUAUUAGAUAUUUUCUCAAGAUAAAUACUGCCUCCUUUGCAUAUUUACAGCAGCUUCAGAGAAUUUUAUCUUAACCUGAGGUGCAUACUAUAGCAAAAAGAAGUAAUAGGUUUAUAUAGAUAGAGUUUUGCUAUAUUUUCUUCACUGGAAUAUGCUGUGUCUACCACAAAAAAGCUCAGAAGUUUUAAGUAAUCAAUAAUUAACCUUCUAAAGAGGUUUCUUUAAACAAUCAUGUUUCAAAUCUGUGUUAUGAGACAGGACAGCUAGGUGGCUUGGUGGAUUGAGAGCCAGGUCUAGAGACCAGAGAUCCUAGGUUCAAAUCUGGCCUCAAAACACUUUUAUUAGCUGUGUGACCCUGGGCAAGUCACUUAACCCCCAUUGCCUACCCCUUAACAUUCUUAUGCCUUGGAACAAAUACUCAAUAUUGAUUUUAUGACAGAAGAUAAGGAUUUAAAAACAAACAGAAACCACUUAUGACUUCCAAAGAGCUAAGCACAAAAGAAAAGAAAACUAGAUGGAGAAUAGUUGAUAUACCAAUUUCCUCGUCUACAUUUCACUUCAUACCUGAAUUUCCAAGACUUCUAGGCAAAUCAUCUAUUAUUAAGAUCCUUAAUCAUUCUCAAGAGAUGAAAAUUAGCUCUGCUGAGAAUUGCCUUGGGGUAGACUAUUGCAAGAGAAAUGACUGAACCCUUUGGCACAGAAACAUAGAAAUUAUUUUGCAAAGCCAGUGAAAUUAUGGAGACAAAGUUGCCUUUUACCUCAUGUAUACACAUUGCAAGUCUUCGAAUGAAACCAGCAUUCAUAACAGAAAGGAAUUCAAGUUAUAUAUGUUCUAAGCCUAAUUAUACUUCUGCUUUCAAAAGACAUCUCCUUACAGUGAUAGAAUCUGCUCAGAGUAAGACCAUCAGUGAUCAUCAAUGUAGAAUCAUAAAAUUUUCAAGGUGGAAAGAACUUAAGAAGUUUACUCAGUGUCAGAAUCCCUCUGAAGCUUCAUGACAGAUAGCUAUCCAAUUAAGCUUGAAUGAUUCCACUGACAAGCUGUCCCAUAAAGUAAUGACCACUUUAUUCCAUAUUUUGAACAGCUGUAUUUAUUAGAAAGUUCUUCCUUACGUUAAACUAAUAAUAUCUGUUCCUCACAUCACUUUGAGUAAAUAAAGAUGUGUUUGAAUUUCACAUCAA